UAAAUAUCAUUGACAUUUAGUAUAAUCAUGGCAGAUCCACGUCUACGUCAGUUAACAAUUAAAACGGGUGUUGUCAAACGUUUGACAAAGGAGCGACAAGUCUAUGAAAGAGAAAUAACAACGGAACGUAAUCGUUUGGAAAAAUUCAAGGGUGAAGGCGCCGAUGAACAUGUCCUGAAAAAACAAGAAGAAGUUAUACAAGAGUGUCUAAUGAUGAUACCAGAUGCACUGAGAAGAUUAAAAGAACAAGUGGAAGUGUUGGAGAAAUUCCUAGAAGACGAAAAGGAAUUGGAAGAAACAAAAGAAUAUCAAACUGCCGCACAGAUCUUGGCCGAAGCAAAAGAAGUUCUAAGCAAGUCAUAA